CAAAAAUAUACCCAUGAAAACGUAGCACAAGGAACACCUUUUAGUCAACAGCCGAUUAUCAUAGUACAACGGAUAUGUAUCAUAUGUAGCAGUGUUUGAUUAGCAUUAAAUAGUCGACUUAUAUUGGACAUACUUAUAUUGGCAGGAUAAUCACAAGCGGUUAUGAAACGGUUCUGUAAUCAAUACUUGCCUAAAGUGUAAUUUGCAUUUUUAGGAUGAAAUAAAUAUAAACAUUCUAUUUUGGAAACAAAAAAUAUUUAACUUCAUUUAUACUUUGCAAAUGGUUACUGAAGAAAUGAUACCUUUCUAAAGUUUUAUUUUAAACUUUCCUAAUGCUUACUGAAGAAAGAACCGCCCAUGCAACACAAGGACCCGUCUGUCAGCGGCAUAUGUCAGUGCUCAUAACUGACAUUUGUUAAUAUACAUUUUCUUAUAAAAAAUGUUCAUGUGUAUAUAUAUACACCUCAAAUUUAGGAAAUUAUCUCAUUGAUGGCUCAUUUUUCUUCUAUAUAUAGGACUCUUCCUGGGCUCCUUCACAUCAGAACAUAUUGCCCCUCAACAAAAUCACAACCCUUUCUUACUCAAAUACCAAUCAUAGUUAGUUUGGAUUCCCCACAUUAGGAUGACUAGGCCAAGGAGAACAGGAAUUAGCUAUGUUGAAAAUGAUAGUGACCGUAGCGUUACAUUCUUCAAGCGGCGUUCCGGUCUUUAUAAAGCCGCCGCUGACCUGUCCACCCUCACUGGUGCGAGAAUAGCUAUCGCACUAGAGUCCGAGAUUGGAAAGAUGUCCUCUUUUGGCACGCCAUCGGCUGGCCCUAUUAUUGAUUCUUUCCUUUCAGGGAAUAUACUGGUGGAUCCAUCGGCCAAUGAGGAGCAAAAGGUUGAAAUAACCCAUAUGCAGAAUGAAGUGUUCGUGGUGGAAAGAGAGAAAUACAUGGAGGACAGAAGGAAACAAGAGACUAGUGCACGAGCCAAGGAGAUCCAAGAAACCUCAAGGAAGGCUAAGCUUGUCUAUGGCAAGGUAGAGGAUCUUAGUGUUCAGGAGCUCAAUGAGAUGGUGUGUGACCUCUCCCAGAUCAAGCAGGAGAUUAAUGAUGGAUGUCGUCCACAACAACCAAGCUAUCAGCUAGAGGUUGGUCAGCUGUCCUCUUCGUCAUCACUUUCACAGAUCCAGAUGCCACCAAGACGUUUGCCAUGGACUCCCAGACAGCCAUCCUUUCACCUUCCUAGAUCAUCAUGGUCUCGUCCACAACCAUCAAGUUUGAUGCCGCAACACCCUUUGGUGGUGGAACCACAGGUACAAAUGAUGCUAUCACCUAUUGAAACCUAUCAAAACAACUACAAUACCCAGCCGGGGAUUCACAUCAAUGGUAACAUCCCCCAACCAUUCUCACAAUCUUUUUUGGUUUCGGCGCUACCACCACCACCACCACCACCACCUUCAUCAUCAGCGCAAAUUACAUUCUGUAAUGAAUUUCCUCCUCCAUCAUCCUCCCAUGAACUGCCAACUCCAUUGCCCAAACAAACCGAGCUUCACCCGACGAAGCAAUAUGAAAACCAUGCUAGUGCUCAAGACAUCACCAUUGAUCACUCAUUUGUCAAUUACCAGUGGCCCUCACCUAUUCCUUUUAAUGAGCCGUACUAUGAUAUAAGCCUGUAUGGAAUGAAUCUUAACUUGGGAGGCCAUGGUGAUUAUGGAGGCCAAGCUGCUGGUGAACAUGACAUGCCUGGUCCUUCUGGCUUGCAUCAACAUGGUUAUGAUUGUCCCUACAUGAACUUCUUAGGGUCUUUUUCUUCGGGAGAAUGUCCUGCUGACUACAGUGCAGGAAAUAAUCUUGGUGAUAUGGGCCCCCUCGGUGAUAGUUGAUGCCAGAAUUUCAAGUCUUCACCAUGUGGUUGAUGAUUUGAUAAUAAGUUUGAGUUAUCUAGUUGCUUGUCAUCAGGAAAAUAUAUGUAAUUUAUACAACCAGUCUAAGUCUAGCUAAUCUGUUUAGCGAGUCAUGCAUGCACGGGUAUUUCGAUCCAGGGAUGAAUACUCUUGAAGCAGUUUGCUUCAUGAGUUUGAUCCUGCUUCCAUGCAAUGCAUUGUAUCUUUCAUAUUGUUGAGCAAAAUCCUUU